AUGUUACUUACAGAACAGAUGAAUGAAAACUAUCGUCUUCCAAUGAGUUAUAAUAACCCUAAUAAUACAACAAAAAGAAAAAAAAAAGGAUUUAAAUUUUCACUGAUAUAUGACUAUGAGGAGUUCCCGAUAAUUACUGUUCUAUUGAUAUCUUCACUACUAAUGUGUGUAAUAUUUGGACUACGAAGUAAGUAUUCUUUCGAUUCAUUAGAACUAUUCAAUCCAAGGAGUGCCCUAGAAGAUAUUACAACCUCUUAUUCUCACACCAACGAUAAAAAAACAACUGAAGAAGAUAUUAUUGUCACUAAGUGGAAAGUUAAUGAUAUGAAUCUUGAAUUCCCAUUUUUAGACACACUAACCCGUAAUUGGAACACUUCAGGUAAUCCAAUAGUUAAAAAUACCCAACAUGUCAAAUUGACAUCAAGAGGCGAAGUGAACAAUUAUGGUGUAAUGAUUAAUAAAAACCAUUUGCCGCAAGAUUUUGAAUUGCAAGUGAAAUUUAGUCUUGAUCCAGGUUAUAUUACAGAAAUUAUCAGUAAGUCACCUGGUGAUGGUAUGGCAUUUUUUUUCACUUCCAAGCCCGAUUUCAUUUUUGAAACAUCUGGCUCGUCCUAUGCGAAUCGUCAGUAUAUGAUAGAAAAUGAAGGUUUGGACCCUAAAAAUAGAGAAUUGAUGGGUAUUCCCAAAAACUUACCAAGUGAAACUUUGGUGUUAGAUUUCAUGAACUACCAUACAAACGAAAAAAACGAUAAAGUUCCACAGGCUCCAUUUCUAAACUUUGUGAGCACCGACAUUAAGGAAAACAGAGCCUAUGACUACAGUGAAGAUGGGGUUAGUUGUACUCAUGGUUUUCAAAAAUUAUCGCCAAGGUUAUUAUUCAGUACUAGAGACAACUUAAAAGAAAUUAAUUUAAGAUUUAUUAGAAUAAGUGGCGUUUUUUUCAAAAUAGAUAUAGAUUAUAGUGGUUUUGGGUUAGAUUGGAUGGAACUGUACAAAUUUGAUAAUCUUACAGAAGCUUCUUUGCCUCAAUUAGGCCUUAAAGAUACGCCAUUGUAUUUCGGAAUUAGUUCUUUAAACGGAGAAAAAACUAGUAACUUUAGGAUUCACGAUGUUACUGGCUACAGCUUGGAUUGGGACAACAGAAAAGACCUUUUGCAGCCUGAAGAGCAACUAGAAAACGUUUUGAAAUUAUAUAGGGAUGAAAUCUAUAGUGUUUAUUCUAAUGCGGAUGAUAUUAACAAUGAAUAUCACUUACACCAGAUGUACGAUAAAGCUGGUCUGUUAUCACCUUCUAAAGAAGAUGGUAGAACAGAGAUUAUCGACAGUAGCAAUUCCUUUUUCAACUCUGGCAAAAAGAAUAAUAAUAAUUCUAAGAAGAAAUAUAUGAAUUCCAGGGUUUUUAAAAUUUUAAUGAUUACAUGGAUAUUCCUAUUUCUUGGUGUCAUUUUUUAUGUCGCAUCUUUAUAUUUAAGGGUGGCUAUGAAAAAGAAAAUCCGCAAUUUUAAAAAAUCGAAGCAGGUUGGUUUGUUGGGGUAA